UCCAGCAGGAGAGCCCGAUCUCCAAACUCCCAGCGAAACAUGUCCGCAGCGACAUUUCCGCCGCCCGCGCGCAUCUCGGCACUACCGUUCGGCUCCUCACCGUGAGCGCCGAGACGCGGGCAGACCAACCGCGCCACCGCCGGCCGACCUGGCGACCAUGAAACCCCCGCCCGCGCCCACCGCCAAGCCGGCGCUCCCCUGGAUCUCCCCGCUCCAGUACCGCAGCCCCGCCCGCGGCGCGCCGCCGGUGCCCUCCCCGCCGCCUCCCGUCCCCUCCCCUCCGCCGCCGCGGUACCUCCACCACCCGGAGCUCGCCCGCCUCAUCGCCUCCUCCGCCUCGCCGCAGCGCGCGCUCGACCUCUUCAACGCGACCUCCUCCCAGCGCGGCUUCUCCCACACUCCCGCCACCUUCUCGGCGCUCCUCGUCCGCCUCGCGCGCGCGCGGCUCCCGCGCGCCGCCGCCGCCGUGCUCCGCCGCGCGGCCUCCGCGCCCUGCCGGUUCCUGGAGCCGCAGCUCCUGCCGCUCGCCCGCCUCCUCCCGCCCGACCACGCGCUCGCGCUGCUCCGCCUCCUGCCCGCGCUGCUCGGCAGGACCCGCGCCUCGCACAAGGCGCUCGCCGUCUGCCUCGACCGCCUCGUCUCCUCCCGCGGCUGCCGCGGCGUCCUCGACGAGCUCCUCGCCGACCUGCGCGAUCCCCGCAAAAAGUACCUCCCCAGGCCCAACACCUGCGUCUACAACAUCCUCAUCAAGCACUAUGUCAAGAGCGGCGAACUGGAGACCGCGUUCAAAAUGCUCGACGAAAUGCGCGAGUACACCUGCGCUGACGUGAAGCCGAACUUGGUCACCUAUUCGACCUUGAUCGGUGGGCUCUGCCGUGGGGGUAAGAUGAAGGACGCGUUUCAACUGUUUGAGGACAUGAUCGAGAAGGACCGCAUUGUGCCGGAUCAGCUGUUGUACAAUGUGAUCAUCGAUGGAUUCUGCAGGCUGGGGCAGGUGGACAAGGCGCGUGCCAUCUUUGGAUUCAUGAGGAACAACGAGUGUGAGCCAAAUGCCUUCAACUAUGCCACUCUGAUUAAUGGGCACUGUAAGGAAGGGGACAUUGAGGCAGCGAGGGCGGUGUUUGAGGAGAUGAGGAGUGCUGGUGUGGAGCCUGAUGCUGUGAGCUACACGGCGCUGAUUGGCUGCCUUUGCAGACAUGGGAGCGUAGAUGAGGGUAUCAAUCUUGUUCUGGAGAUGAAGGAGAAGGGUUGUAAGGCUGAUGUUGUCACAUACAAUCUGGUGAUCGAGGGCCUGUGUAAAGAUGGGCGAAUGGUGGAGGCAAUGGACCUGCUUGAGAGCAUGCCACUGGAAGGGGUUCAGUUGAAUGUCGCGAGCUAUCGGAUUGUCAUGAAUUGCCUGUUCUCCCGUGGGGAGAUGGAUAAGGCAGUUGGUCUGCUGGGAUUGAUGCUAGGACGAGGGUUUGUACCUCACUAUGCAGCCUCAAACAACCUGUUGAUUGGUCUAUGCGAUGCUGGGCGCGUAGCAGAUGCGACAAUGGCAUUGUAUGGAUUGGCUGAUGUGGGCUUUAUGCCAGAGGCUAGUUGUUGGGAGAGGCUUGUGGAGACUGUGUGCCGGGAGAGAAAGCAAAGGAGAUCUACAGAGGUACUGGAUGUCUUGAUUGGUGUAGGUUGAGGAAAAGAAGUCACAGCAGCAUGGAUUGUUUGACUGGUUUGAUAACCCGAAGGAAGACAAGGUUAGAGCCAGGUGUGAAGAUUUAUCUGAUAAUACAGCGAUGAUAAUGGUAAGAAAUCAUGUCACAAAAGAUGAACAGGCACCUGUGUCUCAGACAAACAAGAAUUUUUCCACCUGACCUGGGAAUUGGGGACGCUUCCCUUCUCCACUACACAAUGGAAUUAACAGCAGCCUUACAGGACUGGAUGCAUGUUCAGCAAGGAAGAAAAGGCUGCAAGGCCUUACAGCUGACAGCAAGCAACAGGACCUAGCACAAACUUCUCUUUCAGAACAAGCUACUGCAUCCAAAAGAUAUCAGCCAUCAAUAGACAACGUCCAUUAGCACCUUAGAGCAAGUAUUAUAGUGGACUGUAAGCAGGUUGAUAUUUACAUGGAGAGAGAGAUGAAGAGAGAAGGAGAUGGGCGUCUGGCGACGCAAUCGUGUGAAGCCGGCGGAGAGAAAAUAUGGGCGCUGCUAUUGAUUGAAUUCAUUAGCGUUCUCGCCGCUACUGGCUCGUGCUUUGCAGCUAGCGAUGGGCGAAACCAUUAGCCAUGCUCUUAGGCUAACCUUCGUCAUUCUCUAUUCUCCAGAAAGUUGUCAUUGGGGAGGUAGACAGGUAGUCCAGCAUGAGGCAGGGCACCAGGUUGGCACUCGGAGGAACCUGCCUUGUCGUUGUCAGCUCUGGUAAACAAUGAUGCAGUAUCGGAAAUAACCUGCUAUGAUGAGCAGUGACGAUGAUGAAGUCGGUUUUGAUUGCAUCAAAAGAGGUUAUUUUCUGGGAACAUCUUUUGCUGCAAAAUUGAGGGGUGUCUGUCGAAACUGUGUACACAAAGUGUUGUGCUUUUUUAUGACUGCAUAAAGGGCAAGGGCGCCUCCCAUAUAAUUCUCCCAUUUUUUUACUGCAUUCAUGGACUUGGUGCUUAUUUAUUUAAUUGUCUCCUUUCGGGGUAAUAAAGCAGACAUGGUCCAUGAUCAUUUAUUGA